GCCUCAGGCUUGUACAUUUUCAGUUUUCCAGGAGAGGUGAAAAGAAAACUGAAGUACAGGCCCUCAUCAAGGUCAUAAUGGCCACCUUAGGAGGAAUUAUCGCAGGCAAAGCCAUAGCACUAGGGCUGGUUUUGCUUGCUUGUUGGGUGGCCGGAGGCGAGUCUCGAGGCCCCAUUUUUGGUGCUAUCAGGGCAGUCCGCCAUGGCCUUGUCGGAACUGGUGCUACAGUUUUCGAUGUCACUAAUUAUGGCGCAAAGGCUGAUGGAAAGACCGACAAUGCAUUGGCAUUUAUAAAGGCAUGGAACGCAGCAUGCCACAGUAAUGGUCCGGCCAAACUGGUGAUCCCAACAGGGACAUUCCUGUCCGGACCUGUGGUGUUUCAGGGGCCAUGUGAGGGUUCAAACCCGAUCACUAUUGAAGUUCAGGGUAACAUAAUAGCAAGCACUGAUAUCAGUGAAUAUUCGGAAGAUGGGUGGUUCUGGUUCGAGAUGAUCGAUGGGUUGGUCCUCAAAGGAGGAAUUUUUGAUGGGCAAGGCCAGACUGCGUGGCAAUACAACGAUUGCAAGCACAACAGCGGUUGCCAACACCUCCCCGUGUCACUCAAGUUUAACAAAGUGAAAAACACCAUCGUAGAUGGGGUGACAUCACUGAACAGCAAGGGCUUCCAUUUUUCCCUAACAUUCUCACAGAACUUCACCGGCGUCAACCUCAACAUAUCGGCUCCAGGAAACAGCCCAAACACAGACGGAAUCCGUUUGAGCAGUUCUGACCGCAUCAACAUCUCAAGCAGCUUCAUUGCAACCGGUGACGAUUGCAUCGGAAUUAUCCAAGGUGCCACGAACGUCACCAUCACGCAAAUCACUUGCGGCCCCGGUCACGGCAUCAGUAUCGGCAGCCUCGGCAAGUAUCCUGAGGAAAAGGAUGUGAUCGGCGUGCAUGUGAGGAACGCCACGUUGACAAACACCACGAAUGGCGUCCGAAUCAAGACCUACCCAGGAGCAAGGCAGCUUCACGCUUCGGACAUUAUCUUUGAAGACAUCGUCCUUAAUAACGUGAAGAACCCGAUCAUCAUUGACCAGAAUUACGGCUCCCACAAGGUCAUAAAGCCAUCUAGUGUGAAGGUGAGCGAUGUGCACUUCAAGAACAUUAGGGGAACCACGAUCUCGGACCUGGCGGUCUUGCUGUCAUGCAGCUCGUCAAACCCAUGUGACCAGGUCGAACUGUCCGACAUCAACUUGUCCUAUGCCGGGACGCCGUUGAGGAACAAGAACAUGACAUCGUCGUGCAUGAACACGAAGCCUACCUUCAGCGGCACGCAAAACCCACCAGCUUGUCAGUAGCUUGUCUCUGUGAUUGUGUCGAGAUUAGCAAUGGAUAAACCAUUGCCUCUUUGAGAGUAUAACUAAGAGGGCAACGCUUCAGCUUGUCUCUUGGAGUUUUCCCGUCAAUGAAUACAAAGGAACAAGGAUAUAAAAGAAACAAAGUUCACCGGAGCUUACCGCCACAUGAAUCAAUGUGUGCUCUGAGUGAGCGCUCGUGUUAUAGAUAAAGUAGCUACAGAUGUUGAAAGUAAAUGCUAUUUGGCAUAUAUAUAUUUCCUCUUCGUUUUUGAAGACA